GUCUCCCCGCAGUGAGAGCGGCCUGAGCGCGGCCUGGGAGCGGACACAGAGCCUCACAGCCCGGCCUCAGCCAUGGGAGACACCGGCAGCGAGCGCAGCAACGCGCCCAGCCUCCCCCCGCGCUGCCCCUGCGGAUACUGGGGAUCCAGUAAGACGAUGAAUCUCUGUUCAAAAUGCUUUCUUGAUUUCCAAAAGAAGCAGCCAGAUGAAGACCCCACCCCCAGCACAAGUAGUAGCCAGUCAGAUUUGUUCCCAAAUGAAACAAACAGCGACAAUGGUAAUACCUCGAUACCCACGACGCCCGUUACCACCACCCAGCAGUUCUCCACAGACCAGAAUGUAGCUUGCCCCAGUACAGAGGAGUGUGGGCAUUGCACAGAAACCACCCAGGUCUUAUCUACGCCAACCAAAAGAUCCUGCGACUCAGAUUCCCAGUCAGAAGAUGACCCUUCCCCCAUUAAACGGCCUCGAUUACUAGACAGCGAGGACAGGCCCGACAGCAGCAGCCGGUCUAAACAGAAGAGUCGCCGCCGGUGCUUCCGCUGCCAAAUAAAAUUGGAGCUGGUACAGCAGGAACUGGGAUCGUGUCGCUGUGGUUACGUUUUCUGUAUGUUACAUCGUCUCCCGGAACAGCAUGACUGCACAUUCGACCACAUGGGCCGUGGACGAGAGGAGGCCAUUAUGAAAAUGGUGAAACUAGACCGGAAAGUAGGCAGGUCUUGCCAGCGCAUUGGCGAGGGCUGCUCCUGAGUGCCACACUCUCUAACCAAAUGCUGUUUCUCUUAGUUCACUAAUGUUAGCCUUAUUUAGGACUAAGUAAACCAGGCUCUCACUACUGGGCAAGUCACAGACUACAGCCAAUCAGGUUUCUCAGUUUGUUUAUUUUUUUAUUUUUAUCUUGUUUUUUAAAAACAGUGCAGGUACUUUCAAGAAGAAAAAAAAAAGUUGGUUGAUAGCUGGUGACUGAUGGCCAGAUGUUCAGUACUUGGUGGCCAUCACUAGAUAAAAAUACCACACACACAUCAAAGGGUAAUUCAUAUUCUGUUUUUCCGUUCCACUUACAAAAUGUAAGGCCGUUAUCCAAAUGGUUAUAUCUAAAUUAUCACCUUUCCUGCUUGGUGUAGAACAUAAUACUAAUAAGUAAUGAAAAUAAAGCUCAGUUAAACACUACAUUUUCCCACAAACUCAUUGAAUUACUUGCUGCUGGUGGUUGUCCUUUGCUAUUAACACAGUCACAUUCCUGUUGUGUGUCUGUUCAAAGCAUCAGGGAUUUGAUUUGGGCGCAAGCACAAUUCCUCACAAAUUCCUGUUGGGUUACUUUAAUUUCACAGAAAUAAAGAAAAAUGGGUUGUUGUCUGCGUGAAAGUUUCUCAGAAUGAGUGGAAUCGCUACAUCACCCUGUAGCAGUAAUCUUAAAUAUUUUUUAACAAGCACAUGAACAGUACAAUCCCACCAGCCCUAACCUGAUUGGCUUUUGUUUGCAAUUUGCCAAGUUGACGGUCUCUCUGGUCAAAUAAGGUUAAAUCCGAGCACAGUAGCCAUGGCUGGAUACUACAGACCGACCUUCUGUAGCCAUACAUAUAUCGGGUGAAAGGACAUUUUUUUACAGCAAACUGAACUCAGUAACAGUAUUGAGGAACAACCAAACACAAUAUCCUGAUUUUAUAAUCCUCACUUCCAGGUGUUACCUUGUGUGUCUGAAAACAUAUAAAUAUAUACAUAUAUCAAUAAAUUAAAGGGCUAAUCACCCUUGUUUCUAUGCAGCCUGGGUGGGAAUUAUGGCUUGUAAGGUAUUCUGAAAUUGUACGUCUAAGUGAUGUCAGGUAUGGUCUCUAGAUGGUCUCAAUGAGCGCUGAAUGUGCAAAUCACCAUGGUAAACACCUAUAGGACACACGUAUCUGGGGAAACGGCAGGAUGAAUGCUAUAUCUGGAUUACUGGUGGCAUUUUAUACAAUACAUAACGAGUGCUAAAACUUCCAAGGACUACAGUGUAUUCACAUCUGUUACACUCAGACAGGAGUUAACGAUGUCUCUUACCCUUCUUAGUCAGGGUCAUUCAUGUUUUAUAGCUUAUACUCUCAAUGACUGACUUAGAGCUAGCUUGAUUUCAUGAAGAUCAUGUUUUUUCCUAACAAACAGCACUUUCAUUCUGCAGAUAUGGUGUUUAUAAAAUAUUGUGUCUUUAAAGUUCAAAAAGUAGUUCUUUAACACAUCACAAAUAAAGUGCCGUAGAAAUAAUAUCCUUUCUCCAUCAUUUAAUGACAGAGACUGUUCAGGUUACACUUAGAGAUAAAGGUUCUAUAUCAGGACCAACCAUCUUAUCACCCUUUGUACAGAAAACUUGCUACUAUUGAAUACACAAAGAGAGCCUUAUUUCCACCACAGCUAGUAAGCUCAGUUGAAUUAUCCCUCCAUUAACCAUAAUUUGCUCGAUCCCCGGUGCGACUAGCUUGGCAUAUUAUAUGCAAACAGUAAAUCUAGCUUCUCAUUUCUUUCACAAAUUGCCUUCCUUUCAACAGAAAAAAGAAUAUUUCAGGAUCUUCUGGGAUGCCCACCUUAAAAAGGUCCCAUAGGUUGCCCCACACCGAUUAACCUGAACAUUAAGCUGUACAUUUUGCUCUUAGCAUCCAGAGUAACUUUUGAAACGUGGUCACAAAAGACUUGUUCCUUAUUAUAAACGAAGACAAAGACUUCUACCUUGUUUCUCGUAAUCAUGGGCUCGCAAUUAUUUGAUGGGUGAUGGGAGAUGACACUAAAAGGAGCGUGAAUUAUGGACAGUUUGCAAUACAAUGACGAUGAUUCACCGGGUUGUUCCUUUUGCCGUAUUUGUUCUGUGAAGUUUGUUCCACGUAAAGAAAACGUUUAAGUUCUUGGAUGUUAGGAUAUCUUAUUUAACCAUUUUGUGUUCUAGUUUUGCUUAACACAUGUAGCCUAGAGCUGUUUUAGUUUAACAUUGUACAAAUAUUAACUCCUGUAACUUUAUUCCUUUUUCCAUUCCUGCUGAAAACAGGAAAUAUUAAAUGAGUCAGAUUAAAGUUCGAUUUCCUU